GAGAGAGCGUGAGCAGCAGCGUGUGUAGUAUAUAGCGGGAGAUUUCCACCCAGUUGUGCUUCAGUUGGCUGUUCUCUGUUUUUCGUGCUACUCCCAUCUAUACGCUGGCCGGCCCUCCGUUUCGCUAUAUAAGUUCCCCAUCCCCCUCUUUUUUGUGUGUUGGGGGUCCGGGCAGUCGUCCAGUUUGUGCCAGAACAAAUAAAAUCACCGACGCGAGAGAGUCUCUUCAUUCGUAUAUAUAACUGCCGCUUGAUAUUAGCGUCGGACUACAUCACCCAAAGUUCUACUCUCGUUUAAAACAAAAACUAAAAUAGCUAAAAGUUUCUGCGCUUUGAUUUCCUUAGUAUUCCCGUGCGGACGAGUGGCCCGUCGUCGCGAGGUGGUGGGGGACAUUUUCUGUGCGUGAAUUCUUUUCUUGUUUGGUUAUUUCGUUAUUUCCGCCCCCGAUUGUUAUAACAUUUGGUUUGUUCGUGGCGAGAAUUGAGAAAGUCCCAAACAGCUCACUGGAGAAGGGGCGGCGGGCAGGUCCGGCCCCAAAACAAAUGGCCAGUUGAGGUGCUGCUGCAUUGCCGAGAGUAUAGGAUGUGUGCGGGGGAUGUUGUUGGCGGAGAAGAAGCGGCCCGGCCAGCAGCAAGGAGGACACCAAUCUAACGGCCAAUGAAAUGGACCCCGCCAAUGUCCCGCGUCAUCCCGUCGUUCCCGUCUAGGAGCUUCUCUUCGCUGUCGUUCCACUUGAAAAGAAAGAAAGAAAAAAGGAGCAGCCGCAGCAGCAGCAGUCAUUUGGCAAUCAACGACCUUUUUGUGAUUUUUAUUCGAUAUUAUUAUUAUACCGGCGCGAAGUGUAUAGAGAAAACGACGUCGACGCAACCCAGGCCCGGCCAAUGUGAACACACCGUCCAUUUCCUAUAGACUGAGAGACUCUCGCACACACAAAAUCCUAUCCUUUUCAUCAGCGGGGGGAAUAUCUAUCCAUCUCUAUCUAUAAAUAUCUAUUCCUUUUCUCAUACAUAUCGACGCCGUCCUCGAAACGUGAAACGACGCCGAAUGAAAUAAAAAAGAAGAAGAAGAAGAAAAAAAAACGCACGUUCGUGAAACCUGAGUGAGCACCCAUACCGUGUGUGCCUAUAACAUAACCCGACCGACACUGUGCUGUGCAAUAUCGACACUGCUGGAUGCUAAUGUGAUGGCAUAGCCUCCCUUCAAAAGUGCAUAGCGCCAUAUUAUAUCCCAGCUGCAGCUUUUUUGAUAGUUAUUUCCUUCUUUUUCUUUUUCAUUUUAAAUUUCCUGCCGUGUGUGGGAAGAUCCCGCGUGGCGUGGAGAGUGGGCGGAGUGUGUGACAGUUGAUGGACGACACCUUAUUCCAUUCCUGCAAACGGUGGGAAAAUAAAAGAAGAAGAAGAAGAACAUUAGAAACAUACAUACCUCUUUUAGAUCGAAUAGAAGGGCGAAAAAAGAAAGAAAAAAAUAGCGCAAAAAAAUCUCUGUUUGGAAUUGGAGCCAAAAGUGUCACUAAAUAGGAUCACCAUGGAGACGGCGCUGAGGGAUCUGCUUGAGCAGCAGCAGCAGAAUCAGCAGCCGCCGGAGCGCGUGGUGACCGAGGCCGCCGUUGACUUUCUAUCGAUCGCCUCAUCGGCGUUUGUGAUUUCCCGCAACGAGACGGGCGGCAUUGGAGGAGGCAACACGAGCAGCCUCCUGCUGGCCAACAGCAUCGUCGCCAACGUCAGUGGCGUCCGCCACUUGAAUCCGUCCGUGCAGGCGUUGUUGACGGUGUUUUACUUGCUGGGCAUCUCCGGCAACAUAGCGGCGCUGAUCAUGUUGGGACGGAACGAGACGGCGCGCAACAAGCGACAGACGCUGAUGCUCAAGUGUCUGGCGUGGAACGACCUGCUGGCCGUGACGGGCAGCUCCAUCCAGAUGCACUUGCAGAUCUACAUGCCCAGCCGAUGGGUCCUCACGCCCUACUUCUGCGGCGUCCGCGUCUUCUGGCGCGCCUUCGGACUCGGAUCCGGGGCCGUGGCGCUGGCCAUGGCCGUCGAGCGAUGGUUCGCUCUCACCAAACCUUUCGUCUAUCAAACGAAAGUGACAUAUCGCCGAAUUCAGAGCUCAAUCUUCGGAUUGUGGAUUCUGGUCACGAUAUUGUCCUGUUUGCCGUUUUUCGGUUUCGGUCUCUACUACGACACGUCCCAGGUCGGAUACAAGCGCUGCUCCAGGUACCGGUUUGGCACGACUCCCGACGAUAUUGCCUACGCCUACAUUUGGUUCGGUUUCGGUCUGACCAUGUGCGUGCUGAUUGUUGCAUGCAACUUGGGCGUGAUCGAGGCCCUUUACCAGAUGAACCGGCGGAGCGGAAACCGGCGGCUGACUCGCUACCCGGCCGAAUUUUCGUCGUCGUCGGUGGCGGCGGCCGUGAGCCAGCAGCAUCUGCCGCUGCGGGACAAGCAGAGCCGGCGGCUGUCCUUCUCGGCCAGGCGGAGCAUCGAGCUGGACAACAACAGUUCCUUCUCCAACAGUUCGACCAGCCGCCACCACCUGAGCGUCAGACAGCGCGAUUCGUCCGGCAGCUCGUCCGCCUCCCGGCGCCACCACCGCCACCACGACCCCAGCAACCAGACGCAGGAGGAAAUCAAAUUCGCCCGUCUCAUGGCCGUCCUCUGCAUCUUCUACGUCCUCUGCUGGAUCCCGCAACUAGUGGCUAUUCCGGUGGGUUUGGCCAAUCCGAGCAACCAGGAGCGGGUCUUCUUUCGAGUGGCCGACGUCUGCAUCGCCCUCAACUUUGUGCUGGAUCCUUUCAUCUACGUCCUGUUGAGGGGCCAGUGCGGACGCAGCUGUUGCUGCCGGGCCUGCAGCUCGUCCCGCUGCUGCUGGCCGUGCCGCAAGAUGAAUCGCCAAGAAACGUCGUUUGCCUCCCAAUUGGCCAAGGACGACGACGCCAAGUUGGCAGUCGGCGACCUUGCCUUUGGAAUGCAGACUCAAGAGACGACAGCCGUGCCGGAUCGAGAUUACGUUCCGCUCAAAACUCUGCUGGCCAACAGCGAGAAUGGCCUCCUCAUGCCCGCAGUCAAUAACAGCAAAGAACACCCGGUCUGAAAUCAUCCGACGAAACCAACAACCGCAAAAAAACAAAACAAACCAUCGUCUAGAUAUUAUUAUUAUACAUACCGUAAUACAUAUAUACAACAAACGAUGUAAUUGAGAAGCUACAAUUAGCGGGUGCUUGUGUUGUGCGUGUGCGCGCGAUCUGGCGUGUCUAUAUAACGACGGACUGCUGACGGAUGAGACGACACAAACAAAAAAUAAUAUGCGGAUCAAAAUGAUGCCCGUUUUUUUUUGUAUUUUGUUGUUAUUU